AUGGAUUUAUUCAAACGGACAUCAGCUUUACUGCCCAUAUUGGCAAAUAGUCACUUGGCAUCUAAUAUCUCUACAGAAUCGUAUACCGAUGUAUUUCAUAGCUUGCAAAAUCUUUCGCAAGGGGACACAUCAGUAUCCCAGCUCAACAUACUUGAAAAGUUGUGGGCUUCAUGGUAUAUUUACAUGAAUAAUGAUAUCUUGGCUACUGGUAUAUUAUUUUUUGCUACCCAUGAACUUAUGUAUUUCGGGCGGUGUUUACCUUGGUUAAUAAUUGAUCGGAUUAGUUUUUUUAAUAAAUGGAAGAUCCAGGAUGAAAAAAUACCUUCUGACAAGGAGCAGUGGGAAUGCUUUAAGUCGGUGUUGAAACUGCACCUACUCGUGGAAGCCUUACCAAUCUGGUUAUUUCAUCCAUUAUGUGCUACUUUGAACAUCUCCAUCGACGUCCCAUUCCCUUCCUACUUAGUAAUGUUCUUACAAAUCUGCUUAUUCUUUGUUUGUGAAGACUUCUGGCAUUAUUGGGCUCACAGACUAUUUCAUUAUGGCUGGCUAUACAAAUAUAUUCAUAAGCAACAUCACAGAUAUGCCGCACCAUUUGGCUUGACUGCAGAAUAUGCGCAUCCGGUAGAGGUAAUGUCUCUUGGAUUUGGAACCGUGGGAUUCCCAAUCAUUUAUGCCUACAUAACCAAAUGCAAACCCUCGCUUGACCUACCUUCCUUGCAUUUAUUCACUCUUUCGUUCUGGAUAACCUUGAGACUAUUCCAAGCGGUGGAUUCCCACUCCGGUUACGACUUUCCAUGGUCACUACACAACGUAUUACCGUUCUGGGCAGGUGCUGAUCACCACGACGACCACCAUCAUUAUUUUAUUGGCAACUAUGCCAGCUCUUUUCGUUGGAUCGAUUAUUUCAUGAGCACAGAAAGUGGUGAGAUUGCGAAAGCUAACAGAGAAAAGCGCAUGAGAAGGAGAGCUGAAAUUCAAGCUAAGAAAUCACAAUAA